AUGUCGACCUCUUCAGGCGUGCCCGAGUCUUGGAUCUCUAGUUUCUGUUCUCUUCUCGGUCACGAAUACUUUGCCGAGGUCUCGGAGGAGUUUAUAGAGGAUGACUUCAACUUGACUGGGCUGCAAACCCAGGUGGCCAUGUACAAGGAGGCGUUGGAGAUGAUCUUGGACGUGGAACCAGAAGACGACGAGGACGAAGAUGAGGAAGAAGAGGAAGAAGAUGAAAACGAAUCUGAUCCGGAGCGCCUGUCCAGGCAACCUGGUGAGCGAAGGCAUCACCGCAUGGCGAGCGACCUGUCCGUCAUAGAGUCUUCGGCAGAAAUGCUCUACGGGCUCAUUCACCAGCGCUUCAUCUGCUCGAGGGCUGGCAUCCAACAAAUGAGCGAAAAGUACGAGCUCGGCCACUUUGGCUGCUGCCCCCGGACAAACUGCGACCAGGCCCGCACUCUGCCCGUCGGCCUAUCCGACAUCCCUGGCGAGGACACGGUCAAGCUCUUCUGCCCGUCAUGCUUGGACGUCUACGUCCCUCCCAACAGCCGGUUCCAGACUGUUGACGGCGCCUUCUUUGGCCGCACCUUUGGCUCUCUUUUCCUCCUCACUUUCCCCGAAUACGACCUCACCAAGCGUGGCAUCGAAGUCCUCUCCACCUCAGGCUCUCGAGUCAAUGACGGCGAGGGCCUCAUUAACGGCAUGUAUGCAAAGAAUAUCGGCCCGGGACUUGGCCCCGGCCGCAUAUACGAGCCGCGCAUCUACGGCUUCCGCGUCUCGGAGCGAGCCCGAUCCGGCCCCCGGAUGCAGUGGCUUCGCGACCGCCCCACAAACAUCAACGAGCUCGACGAGGCUCGCCUCUACGCUGAGCAGAACCCGGAUUCGGACGAGGACGAGGAGAAUGGCGGCCAGGGCGGCGUUAAUGGCCGCGUCAUGGUCCGCCGUCGCCCCCCUGGAAACGCCCGCCUCCGCCAGAGGCAGAACCACAACGGCAGCCCCAUGGCCCUGUCCACCAACGGCGCCGAAUCUGAGCUGUAG